AUGUCUAAACUCCUCAAUCUCAUUCGCCCGGCACACAUCACCCUCAGUGAUCCGGGAAACCUCCUCCAAUCUAUCGUCGAGUACGGCGAGGACCCGUGGUUUCGGUUCCGCGGCUUCAACAACAGCGGUCACCACGGCCACCGUGAUCGCGGUGGCGCUAACCACGAUACCCAUCUCAUUUCUACCGCACCUUCACCACGAUUCGAUGUCCUGGUGCUGGAUAACAUGUUCUUCCUCGAAGGCGAAUUUCCAGGAAUCGACAAGGAGGCACUUGAUCUGGAAAUCAUCGAGCCUCGAACCCUUGUAGUCCGAGCCGACAUACAACCCACUGACAUGCGUCGGGAAUGGGGCUUGGAUCUCGAGAGGAAUGAUACCGAAGAAAAUCAAGCAGAGGAAGAUCUGGCUCCUCCACCUGAAGGGGAUAUCGAGUCCCAGACCACCAACAGACAACCAAAAGAUGUGGAUCAUAAGGCUAAGAAGCCUUUAAUAUGGGUGGGAGAACGGGCAACCGGAUCGUUACAGAGAUCUUUCACAUUCCCGACCAAGAUGGAUUUCAGCACCCUGAGAGCACGGUACGCGAACGGGCUGCUGAAGAUCAUGGUGUGUCGGGACGCUGGCCAUGAGGAACAAAAGCGGCAGAAGGCUUUUAUUGAGGGUUAA